AUUUAGUUUGAUGUUAAAGAUUGGAACUUGCUAUAUUUAAAGCAAGAAGUCCAUAGCCUCCUCUGCACAAGUUACUCUCUUUUCAGUCAAAAAGCAAAAAGCUUCCCUUUUUCUUUCUCAAGCACUGCAUAGGACUAAAAGCUUUUUCAGCCAAGCUCUCCCAGUUCACUCAUCAUGGCAAAGAUGACACCAGCAAAAAGCCCUAUGCCGAAAAGUCCUAUGCCGAAAAGUCCUAUGCCAAAAAGCCCUAUGGUAUGUGAGAAGUACGAGACAGGCUGUAUGUGGCAUUUAUAUGGCCUCUUCAACUUCCGUCAAGGUCAUUCUAAUAAGAAGCGGCUUUCACAUAAGAGGCAUACAAACAGACUGGAUGAUGGAAAUUUUAAGACCAAGCUUGAUUUGCUUAACAAAAUGGACGAGAAGGGCCAAAGCAUGGAUGAUAGAAUGAAGAACAAAACUCAGACAGUUGAUUCUGAUGUGGCAAGUAAAAGAAAGCUUAAGGGAGAAGACUUGUCCACUGAGCCGCAGAUGAACAAGAAGUUUGCUAGUGAUGAAGGGGAAGAUAUACCAUCUAAUUCCAAAUUUGUUGGUCAUUUACCAAAAAACAAUGGAAAGACUACCAAAACUCGUCAGAGAUCCCAUGAAGCUAAGCAUCAAAAACAUUCUAAUUCAGUUUUGGUGGAAGAACCUUUGAAUAAGCUCAACUCUGCAGCACUGCCAGAAGUAUCUAGCAAAGAGGUACAUAGCAAAAACCGACGAGGAUGCGGUUGUAAAAGUAUUGAUACCGUGAAGCAUGACCAGCUUAAUGAGAUUAAUCUUGUGCCAGUACAGCUGAAUGCAGCUGAGGCCAUCAUAAAUCAGAAAUUCGUUGAUGGGGUGAACCACCAGUCUAAACAAUUAUUAGAUGCAUUGGAAAUUUUGAAUUCGAAUAAAGAGUUAUUUCGAAAACUCCUACAAGACCCAAAUUCUCUGCUAGUCAAACACAUCGAAGACCUCCGAGACUCUCAGUCAAGAACACAUCAGAGUAAAUCUCCCUGUGAAGCCAACGUCUCAGAAUAUCGGACAAGCAAAGCAAGGCAAUCUGAAGGUCCUUCCAGUAUUCACACGUUGAAAUCCUGUGAUAGAUGGAUGUUCUCGCUUCAUCAUCUCUUCAUGCUCAUAUAA